AUGUCUGUCAAAGUCGAGAAACCACAAGACCAACCACAACUACUAACGUCUCCACACCCACAAUCUCAAUUCACAUACAAGAACUUGCGCGACUUGAAUAACCCCAAGUACGCGUACCUACUGCCAUUAUCAGCCAUUGCUCUAGUGGACUUGAAUGCCUUCUUUGCCCAAGUUGAAACGAUCCGUUUGGGUCUUACUGAGGACGUCCCAGUGGUGUGUCAACAAUGGAAGGCCAUCAUUGCUGUAAGUUAUGCAGCGCGUAAGUUUGGAAUCAAUCGAAUGGACACGGUGGAAUCGGCAAGGGCCAAAUGCCCUGAUUUGGUCUGUGCGCAUGCUGGAGUUUACAAGAAGGGUGAAAAGCAUUGGGCAUAUGAAGAGGGCCAACCGGACCCCAUAAAUCACAAAGUUAGUUUGGACAAUUAUCGACGUGAGAGUAGAAAGAUUUUACGGAUUAUUCAAAGCAAAUUUGACUUGGCGGAAAAGGCAAGUGUUGAUGAAAGUUAUGUUGAUUUGGGAAGACCUAUUUAUGAAAUGCUCUUGAGCAAGUUCCCGGAGUUGAAAAGUGGCAAUUCAAAUGCUAGUGACGAUGAGAUACUACCGAGUAUUCCUAGCAGUCUUCCACGAGAUAUACAAUGGCGUGGAACCGUUAUUGAGUCAGAAAAGGAAACAGCGGACCCACAGAAUGCCCUACCACCACAGAUAUCUGAUUGGGAUGACGUAGUACUCGCCAUUGGCUCAGAGUUGUUGCUAGACCUACGGCAAGCAAUCUAUGAUGAAUUGGGAUAUACGACCUCGGCUGGUUUAGCUCGAAACAAACUAGUUGCGAAAUUGGGUGGUGGGUUCAAAAAACCUGAUGACCAAACCAUUGUCAGAAACUGUGCAUUGACCCGGUUCUUGAACAAUUUUGAAUUGACUGAUUUUACUGGAAUGGGAGGGAAAUUGGGCGAACAAUUGAUUAACCGGUUUGAAGUACCACCAGAUCGAAACUCAAUUGCAUUCAUUCGAGAAAAUUAUGAUCUCAAUAUGAUCAAAGAAGAAAUCAAAGAGGACCAGGAGUUGGCGUUAAAGUUGUACAGGAUAGUUCGUGGACUCCAUCCCUCUGAAUUGACAAAUAAAGUGGAGAUCAAAUCAAUGAUGUCAACAAAGAACUUCCUUGGAUCUAGGGGCUGGUCGUUGGCUGAUGCUUAUGAUUGGCUAACUGUGUUUUCGGGGGAUUUGAGCAACAGAUUAGCCGACUUGGAUAACGAGUCAAUGGAAUUGUCAACGACAAAACUUUCAAACAAGGAAAAGGGGGUAUUGCGACGACCAAAGACAAUUACCAUUGGAGUAAGAUCAGCAUCAUUUGUAAGACAAACAAGACAAAUGCCAAUACUGUUUUACAAAGAUAUCGAGAGAAUGAGAGAAUCAAUCAAGAAUUGUGGGUUCCAAUUACUUCGCGAUUACUUGGAAUUCAAUUCAAAUAUAAGUAUACUUAACAACGGAACUUCUGCUCGUGAGUUGUACACGAGGGAUCCAAAACUGGUGAGAAUCAUGGAUAUGCAUAAUUUGUCACUAACGAUUUCGAAUUUCGUAGCAUUGAAUGAUUCUGCAUUGAUCGAGUCAUUUGCAAAAACGGGCAAGACACAAGCAAAUAAAGAGUUGAUGGAAAUCAAUGCCGUCUCCAAAAAGAGAAAAAUUGAGAGUGACAACAAGAUUUCACCGCCCGUGAUUAAAAAACCACACAAGAUUUCGUUGGAACAAAAGGAAAAUAUUUCAAAGUUGUUUCACGACUAUGAACGAGGGAAUAUGGAAAACGAAAGCAAAUCUACAUUGAAUCUGAAAUCACGCAAAAGAGCAAGCCCGCCAAACCAACCAGUCAAAAGAGACAUUUUCAAAACAUUGCAGAAAAAAUCAGCCAAUUUGCUCGACAGUCUACUACAAGAUAUGUACUGUCCUCGUUGCAAGACUUCCAUUGAGGAUCCCGUCGAGCAUAACGACUUUCACAUUGCCAUGGAGUUGUCAACGAAAUGGAACAAUUGA